GGGUGUGACUUUAGUCCAAGUGAGUGUCUGUUACACACAUGGGAUUCCAGAAUUUUGGUUGGAUUAGUGAAAUUUUUGUUAAACAAUUCCCAAUAUACCUUUUACUUUCUCUUCCUUUCAUUUCAUUUCCCUUGUUUGCUCAGAAGAGAAAGAAGAUGCAGCAGUGAAACCAAACAACACACAACAACACAACAGUGAACAACUCAUAACACCCAACACACAUCAAAAUCAAAUCAUAUGCUACCUCGAACUCCAAGGUUGUCUCUCAGCUAGGGUUUUCGUUCGCCACCAAAUCCAACUCAACUCCACCGCCCUGCAAAUGGUCCUCUUCGUCUUCGCCUCUUCGAUUCCGAGAUCGACCAUUCCUGCCGCGAUAAUGCUAAACAAUACUUAUUCUUAGGCCUGUUCAACCACCAGCAAGUGCGAAUCCUUUGCUCCGAUCAAAAUGCAAUUUGCCAAGCUCGAUGACUCUCCUAUGUUCCGCAAACAGAUACAAUGCAUGGAGGAAAGUGCUGAAUCUUUAAGAGAGAGAAGUUUAAAAUUUUACAAAGGAUGUAGAAAAUACACUGAAGGUCUCGGGGAGGCAUAUGAUGGAGACAUUGCAUUUGCCAGUGCCCUAGAAACUUUUGGUGGUGGACAUAAUGACCCAAUCAGUGUGGCUUUUGGAGGCCCUGUUAUGACCAAAUUCACCAUAGCCCUAAGAGAAAUUGGGACAUACAAGGAAGUCCUUCGGUCACAGGUUGAGCAUAUGCUAAAUGACAGAUUGCUUCAGUUUGUCAAUAUUGAUUUGCAAGAGGUCAAGGUACUCUUUUUUUACAAAGAAUAAAACAUUGAAAUUUUUUA